AUGACCAUCCAAGAAACCACUCCCAGCGUCCCGAGUAAACGUGGCUCCUCAGCUCUCCAAAUGGGACCUCACAAAAAAGUCUCCUCAUCCGAUCCACUAGUGUCCCACGGACGUCAUUUCGGUCGAACAGUAUUCGCCCUGUGUAACUACCCCUCGUUGCUCACCAAUGGAAUUUUGAGACUUGAACAAAUUGAAGAUUUUCCAUUGGAAGAUUUUCCUGCUGAAGAGCGGCGAGAACAUUGUGUCUUUGAACAACUUUUAGACUCUUAUCCCGGUCUUCUGGAGCAACUGAAAGACGGGUCCGAGGAAGAAAUCCUUCACGUUGGAGAGCUGAUCGGUAAGGGAGCCGCAGGUGCCAGAGGCGAUGAUACCAAAACGUUGAAGUCUGCGAUACUUGAUUGGAUUUCCCCCAAAGGGGAAGGCAUACGGCCUCCUUUACAUAGAAAUUCUAAGAUUGACCGCGGUUUUAACCACGACCUUACAGGAUCUCUUCUUUGUCCCGCUGGGUUGGACUGGAACGACCCUCAGACCAAAGAGAACCUCCAAAGCAGCGAGAUGAUGGUCUGUGGGGAUCAAUGGCCUGUUUUUUUGUAUGCCCACCAUAUUUAUGACCCUGAAGACCCGUGGUGUGGGCUUCUUAGGAGACGCUUGCUAGUCUACGCCUACAAGCACAUGUUCACAUCUCCAAGUUCGGUUGACAGGGAGCCAAAGGCCAUGCGAUCUGGAAAUGCACGCCUCCAUGGCAUGAAUUCUGUCACAAUCGCCUCCCUAGCCUUGUCCUCGGUGUUCUCUCGGACCGACACAACUACAGACUCAGAAACAUUCUAUCAUAGCCUCCUCGACCUCUUAGAAGACCCUGAAGAGUACAAGGAAAUCGACGAGCUGCUAACCUGGUGGAAUCACCAAAUUUUCCCCACUUCUUCUGCAGCCAAGAGACCUGUCAGUGCCAACAGCGCCUUAUCCAAGAUUUGA